UUUGCAUUUUCCUGGAAUUAUUUGUUGUGUUUAUGAUUUAUGAGACCUUUAGAUGAACCUGAGAGUUGGUUGAGAGAACAGCACCUAAUCGUUCCCACAGCUCCAGAGAGAAAGAGCUUUGCAAGAGAAGUGCUCCUACAGGAGAUGUCUUUUUUGCAGCAGGACUCAAUUCUUGGUUCAAAGCUAUGGUAUUUGGGCUAGUUAAGCACGAAUCUCUCUCCCAUUCCAUAGGGAAUGAGCUGGGCAGUCCCUGCUCCCCACGUCCACCUGCACUUCGUUAGAGAGCGGAAUGCUCACAUGCCACCACCCCACAAGAUCCCCACAAUGACAUAACUCCAUGCAGAGACUGGCGUGACUGGGCUGGGUUUCCCCCCCUUCAGCUCUUGUAUCACUAAGAAUCUGGCAGCCAGUUCCGUCCUGACAGAGUUCACAGCAUAUAUUGGUGGAUUCUUGUCCAUAGUGCAUCUGCUUUAAGAAUUAACGAAAGCAGUAUCAAGACAGUAAGGAGUCAAAGCAUUUGCCAAACAUGAAUCUAGGUGUGUUUAUUCUCCUCUUGGCAUUAACUGGUGGUGCCAGCGGUUAUUACUAUGACGAUUAUGAUUUCCCUCUAUCGAUUUAUGGGCGAUCAUCACCAAACUGUGCACCAGAAUGUAACUGCCCUGAAAGCUAUCCAACAGCCAUGUACUGCGAUGAGCUGAAAUUGAAAAGUGUGCCGAUGGUGCCUCCUGGAAUCAAGUAUCUCUACCUUAGGAAUAACCAGAUCGACCACAUUGAUGAAAAGGCCUUUGAAAACGUCACUGAUCUGCAGUGGCUCAUUCUAGAUCAUAACCUUCUAGAAAAUUCCAAGAUAAAAGGAAAAAUUUUCUCUAAACUGAAACAACUUAAGAAGCUGCAUAUAAAUUACAACAACCUUACGGAGUCUGUGGGCCCACUCCCCAAGUCCCUGGUGGAUCUCCAGCUUACACACAACAAGAUAACGAAGCUUGGCUCCUUCGAUGGACUGGUAAACCUGACCUUCGUCCACCUCCAACACAAUCAACUGAAAGAGGAUGCUGUUUCAGCUGCUUUUAAAGGUCUUAAGUCCCUCGAGUACCUUGACUUGAGCUUCAACCAGAUGGCCAAACUGCCCUCUGGUCUCCCAGCAUCUCUUCUAACUCUCUACUUGGACAACAAUAAGAUCAGCAACAUCCCUGAUGAGUAUUUCAAGCGUUUUAGUGGGCUGCAGUAUCUACGUUUAUCUCACAAUGAACUGGCUGAUAGUGGAGUACCUGGAAAUUCUUUUAAUGUAUCAUCCCUGCUUGAGCUGGAUCUCUCCUAUAAUAAGCUUAAAAACAUACCGACUGUCAACGAGAACCUUGAAAACUAUUACCUGGAGGUCAAUGAACUCGAAAAGUUCGAAGUAAAGAGCUUCUGUAAGAUCCUGGGACCAUUAUCCUACUCCAAGAUCAAGCACUUGCGUUUGGAUGGCAACCGUCUCACGCACACCAGUCUGCCCCCCGAUAUGUAUGAAUGUCUACGUGUAGCAAAUGAAAUCACCGUUAAUUAAUAUCUACGAAUUCCAAUUCUAUUGAGGUGGAUCCCGGAGCAACAUUUUAUGGUUACGUUUGUGUGUGUCAGUUUUGAUAGUAUUCAUUUUUGUCGCUGUUUUUACUUCCAUGAAUUUUAAAUUCUGAAGGAAAUGUUUUGUAAACAUUUUACUCCUUUUUUUUUUUUUACAAGAAAAGAUGAAAGGCAGGCCUAUUUCAUCACGAGCACAGACACAGACACACACAUAGACAACAAACUUAUGCUUUAUUUGUAAAUUUAGUAUUUUCUACAUCUCUACUGUCAAAUGAUGUGCAGAAUCUUCUACUGGUUACAUGGAAGUCAGCCCAGCAUUAUAAUUCCUAAAUCAACUCAAUGUGCCAAAAAGCAUGGGCUACCCACGUAUGGAUGUUUGGUGUCUUGAACCAAAUUUCAAUGUUCAGAUUGGUUUAGCUGAAAAAUAGGUGGUAAAUUUUGAGGCCGAUGAUUUUGCAAAAUACUAGACCAAAUCCUUGAAGCCCCAUACACAUAAAGUGAUAUUUUUGGUGUUAAGGAUUUAUAUGGUUACCUAAUGAAACUUUUCUUUUCUAGAAUUAUUUUUUACUCUAAGUCAUGUGUAUGUUUCUUUUUAAUCAUUUGCAUGUUAUGUUUAACAAGCUAAUAGCAAAAUAAAACACGGCAAAUGGCA